AGUGUUUCAUAAUACAACUAGUUUUUUCGUUCAAAAAUGAAUUUGUCAGUAAAAAAAAUAAUUUUAAUUAACGGUAUUACGAAUCGGAUUCAUACAAUUUAAAAGAUGAUGUAUAACGUUGGAGUUGCAGAGCUGCUGUUCCAAAUUAAGUACCUAUACAUGACUACCUAUUUAAUACUUUUAUGGAUAUUGGAUGUAUAUACCUACUCGAGAAGUUAAAUAUUAUUCCUAUUUAUACAUUAUAAUAUAAUAUAUGUAUUCAUACUGUAUGGAAUAAUUGACUAUUGGGCAAUUAAUGACGGUUCAUCAAAUACGCAGACGCCAUAUCAUUUGAGAAGAGUGAGUGGAUGCAUGAUAUACCAGUAUAUAAUAUAAUACCAAAGUAUUUUCAACUGCAAUAUACCUGGUAUUUCUGCUAUGUCUAAACCCAAUCUCAAGACAUCAUGCGCCUCAAUAAAUCGAAACGUGUCAAAAUCCCUGCCCGGACUAGAUUUGAUGGCGAAUUAUGUGGUGAAAAGUCCGUUGAAAAGAUACUCUGUUUCGAUGCCUAACAUACCAAUUAUGAUAUCUGAAUCGUCGAGCAAUCCAGUGGUUUCAACGAGAGGGUUAGUAGAAAUUGACACGAAGAACGAUGAUUCAGAUGGUACCUUAAGAAAAAUUCAGACUCCGACACCGAAUAUCGUAGGGACGACGUCUGGAGCCGUCGAUCACGAGGAACCGGCCGCUUGGUUGGUUUUUACUAAGCCAAAUAGACCUAAUACCCACAAAGUGACAAUAAAUAAGAAUAUUAAUGGUCAGACAACAAAAAACAUUAUAUUUCCUGAUGAUACAGAAACGGUGUGUGGAAUCGAGGUCAAGAUACCAGUGACCUCGGCUGUUCAAGCGGAGCCACAAGAAUUGAAAACCGUGGCAAGGUAUGUAAUGUACGGCCGUCCAUUUACGAGAGAUAUGCCUUUGACGCCGAAUUUUGUAGUAAGGAGACCUGAGGCGAUGUCAUCUUUAACUGAUAAUCGAAAACGUAAAUCAUUGUGGUACCAGACCAAACAAUUUGUCAGGCGUAUGCUAUGUUGCGCGUAGUACCUAUAUACUAGUAUAAAUGGUUUCUGUUUAUUAUACUUGUUGGUAUACGGUGCAUACAAUCGAUGUCAUGAUUAUAAAAACAUAAUAUUCGUUUCAAAUUAUUGUAAAAUAUAACAUUUGAUAUAAGUUGCAAGUAUUAUAUUAUUACCCUGUUUUUUUUUAUAU